CACUAAGCGCCGCUACACACACAGUAACAGAAAACCCCGAAGAGAGCAGGAGCCGCCGAGAGCUCCUUCAGGACCCUGCAAAUUUGAGAUUUUUUUUUCCCAAAAAUUUCAGUUUGCACAAUUUUCACGACAAACCGUGUGACGGAUAGUAUCUGUGCGUGAACUUAUCUAUCCGAUCAAGAUGAAGUAUACCAUUCUGACACUGACGGUUGCGCUUUGUCUCGCAUUAGUGAGCUCGAAUCCGCUUCCGGAAAACGGUCUCGAUUCGAAGACCCUCGAUCGGCUAGUGAUGGCCGAAACUGACAAUGAGACGGCCCUGAGGAACAAACGGACGAUCGGCAUUCUACGACAGCUCUUUCCAGAUAUCUCCCAGGACGUGAACCCGGAAUCGGAGAAUCGAGUGAACGAAGCCGAAGCGGAAUCGCAGAAUAACGAAGUGCGGGUGCAAUUCGCGGACGAACCAGCGAAGGAAACAGAAGAGCUCACGCCAUUGAGUGAAAAUGAGACGGAGGUCAACGAAGAGGAGAACAGGGAUAAGAGACAAGGUACCACACAAUCGGGCAACUUUCUCUUCGAUCUUUUCAGGCAAGCGGCCGACGGGGCGGCAAGAGCGGCGGGCACGGUGUACCGUGUUGUCGCCGGUACACAGAGCCUCGGGCUCGGGUUAAGCGCCUCGCGUAACGUGGGCCCGGCGCCCCAGCAGGCCGCCCCCGCUGCUGCCAACAGCACCCCGACGUCCAACGCACCCUCGACAGCCGCCCCAGGAGCCGGCAUUCCACUACUGACGGCGAUCAGCAGCGGAAGUGACUCCUGGGGCAAUAACGAAGAAAAACCUGUAAUAGGACCGACGCAGGGUAUGACGGCAGCUAUAUCCGGUCCCCUUACCAGAUUACUCCUCAUCGCUAAUCGGGGAUGGGCGAAUCUCAUCGAAGACAUAGUACUUCGCGUAGCGGCUACGAGCGAAAGGUUUGUCAACUACAAGGCGAAAGUUAUCAAUUGGCUUAUCUAAGCUUAUUCGAGAAUCGGGAUGAGGAAGCACAGGGGCCUCACCGGCCUUGGUAUCAAUACAUGGACAUCAACGCCGAGCCGCCUCUGCCAGAAAGGAACACGGGUACGACGUUGGCAACAGGACCUCACGGUGUUGCCCCCUUGUUCCCGAGAUCCUGAAUUCACUUGCUUCGUCAAUGGCCGAGCUCUUUGUGAAAACACAAGACACUUCGUCACCAAACGUAUUCCUUUCUAAACGCGACGUCAACUCGAUUUCGCGUUCGACUUCGUUCACUCGGCUCUCUAUACAAUCCCCCCUUUCCAUCUACUCUUCUCUUUCUCCCUUUUUCUCUUUCUCUCUUUCUUUUUUUCUUUCUUUUCUUUUUUUCUUUCUUUGUUUCUCGUUUUUCGUCUUCUAUCUCUCUUCUUGCAUUUUUGUUUACUUCUCUGUAAUCGAUUAUUAAAACGAUAGAGAAAUUUCCGUAGACGGUCGUCGUUUUAAGACGAUCAAAAUUUUGUGGGAUGGCUCGCGCUGCCAUGGUACGAUGGAAACACACCGAGAGAGAGAGAGAGAGAGAGAGAGAUUUUGAAACUCGUGAAAUCGUGAUACGAAUUUGUGAUACGACACACUCGCCGUUGACAAUUCAAACGAAAUAAUUCAUACACCGACGACUACAGAUAACAAAUUUCUCCACCGCGCUUUCCCGCGUCUUUACGAGCCAUCCCUCGGCUUGGAAAAUAUAUCAAUUCGCGCUUAAAGUAAGAAUAAAAGUAAAUAAAUUUUUUUCUGUAGAAAAUAUAAUGUACAGAGCCUUACGAUCUCCUUCGAUCGUAACAUAAGACGCGUGCUGUUUGCAAGAUCGAAGAACACGUUGCUAAAUAUGCCCUUCGAUUAUUAUUGCGCGAACGAUGCGUUUCAAUCGCUCGUUGUCGAGCAUAAGAAUAAAUAAGAUAUCGCAAACUUGUAUAUAGCUUAUAGCGGAAUGGAACAGUGCCAGGCAUAAUAUUGUUUCUAUCUAUUCGUAUCUUUAACACUGCUUUCUUUGUUAUUUCUCAUAUAUAUCUAUUUCUCUCCUUCUCUACAAUUGCGGUGACGUAAAACUUGUGAAAUUUAGGUAAUUAAGUUUGCUAAAUACCGUUAAUAAUGAAAUCAGAAUUUCUCUGAUUAUAUUUUUUCUCAUGUAUUUCAAUUUGAUGUAAUUUGUAAAAGCCUGUCACUGCAACGAACCGUUGAAACAAAUUACUUCCCUUUUUGGAUUUUUCCGCUCCGGACAAAUCCAAUAAGCAAUGUAAUUUGAGGAAACGUAAUGUCAGCUCAUGAAACGCGGCGUUUCUCGUCCUUGAACCGAGCGUAUUAUUUUUCUCUGUAAAACGUCCCUGUUGUGUUGUAGUGCAAAUAAAUAUUAUUGUAAUAAAAAA